UUCUGAGUUAGUUGCGGAAGUAAAACCAAACUUGUUCCAGCCCGCCUUUAUAUCAAACAUGACUGAGCCUCAUACUCCUGUGAAGAUGAACCAUCUCUGCUGUUCAAUCUGCAGCGAGUUCUUCAGGAAUCCUGCAACUAUUCCCUGUGGGCACAACUUCUGCAUGCUGUGCAUCCAGAGCUGCUGGGAUAAUCACGAGACCAACAACCGCCUGUGCAGCUGUCCAGAAUGUGAUCGUACAUUUCCCUCCAGACCUCAGCUGAUCAAGAACACAACUCUGGCUGAGAUAGUGAGAGACAAAGACAGGAGAGACAGUAAGAAAAGGCAGCGUUCAGGAGAGUCUCAGCAGGAGCUGAAGAGACCUCGGAGAAGCACAGAAACAUCAAGGAGCACUUUGUGUUUGAAACACAAGAAGCCUCUGGAUGUUUACUGCUGCACAGAUGAGCAGAUUAUAUGUUCACAGUGUACUUCAGCUCAGCAUCAAGGACACAGAAUUGGGUUGGUGAUUGAAGAGCGCCGGAGGAAGCAGGAGGAGCUGAGGAGCAUGCAGACAAAAAUCAAGCAGAUUCUCCAGAAACAAGAAACGAAAAGGGAGAACAUGAGCAAAAUGUUCCAACAAAUUGAGGAUGAGGCAAUGCAAACGGUGGACGACUGUGAAAGCAUCAUAGUCGGUGUCAUUGACUCCCUCCAGAAACAUUUCCUCUCAGUGAAGAGGCUGAUCACAGCUCAGGGGGAGGCGGCAGCAGCUCAGGUCCACGACUCGCUGAGGAACCUGAAGGUGAAGGUAGAGGAGUUGAAGAAGAGAGACGCUGAGCUGGAUCAUCUGGCACAGAAUCAAAGCAAUAUCGAUUUCCUGCAGAAAUGGCCCUCUGUGCGGCUCCUCUGUGAAGAAGACCACCUCCACCCUUCCAACGAGGAUCCGCUUCUAUCCUUUAAGUUCACAAAUAGAGCUAUGGAACAACUUGGGAGGCAACUGGAGGAAUUCUGCGACAAAGAAUUUGCCUUAAUCUCUCAAACUAUUGACAGUGGAGAGCAGCAGGAAUCAGAAGGAGAGUCAGAGGAGGAUGACAUGCAGCAAAGAUGUGAAGCCAGUGUCUCACAGUCCAGGGGUCUGUCCAGAGUUUACAGGACUCUGACUAAACAGAAAGUGGAGCCUAAAACCAGAGAAGACUUCUUGCAAUAUGCAUGUGAGCUUUCUCUGGACUCCUCAACUGCUCAUGAAGACCUGAUUGUUUUUGAAGGAGACAAAGAGGUGAUGCUGCGCCCUCAGAAAUGUAAAAAUCCAUCUAUUUGUUACCCCCAGAGGUUUACCUGGCGGCGGCAGGUGCUCUGCAGGGAGCGACUGCAGGCCGAGCGGUGCUACUAUGAGGUAGAGGUGGAAGGAGGAAUGACAGAGAUUGCCCUCGCCUACAAAGGAAUAAACAGAAAAUCCCGCACUCAACUUUCAGCUUUUGGUGGGGAUGCAAAUUCCUGGAGUCUAGAUCGAUCUAGCAACUACUCUGUUAGCCACAAAUCUGACAGCAUCCAGCUCACAGCACCCCCCAGCCACCCCAGGAUCGGAGUUUAUCUGAAGUUUAAGGAGGGAACUCUGUCUUUCUACGAGGUGUCAGACAGUAUGAAGUUUCUUUACAAGGUUGAAGCUGAAUUCACAGAGCCACUGUAUGCAGGCUUCUGGCUCGGAGAGAAAUGUCGCAUCAGGAUCUGUGAUUUGAGACAGAACUGACUGUAAACUAGCAGAGAUUACUGUAGCUAGUUUAUGUCCAUUUAAAGGGAAGUUUAAUGCAUAAAGUUACUGAUUCUUGAAGGGAUUACACAAAGCAACAGCCUCUCUGUGUCCUACAUGUGGCCUACUGUGUCCUACACCCACAACAGUUUGAAUAACACAGCAGACCACUGUGACAGCUCUGGAGCUCCAUCUGCACACAUUUGUAUUGUUAGAUGUUUGUAUAAAAUUUUACAAAAUGGCACAAUUAUGUAUACUAGAUUGUAUUUGGUGAAGUGGCAAAGAUAAAUAAAAUAAAUGGAUUAAUAAAAUGCAAUAAUUGUAAAAUAAAAUAUGUAAUUUUUA